CCUCCCAGUCGGCCUCAGGGAGCUGUGUCCCCGAGCCUGGGCGGGAGGAGCGCUCAGAAGUCGCCGGGCCGACCCUGGAGCGGCGCGAUGGGCGCCUCCGCCGCCCCCACAUCUGCCAGAGCGAGAGUCGGUUAGCUUUGGGGGGACUUGGCCAGCCUCCUGGGCCAGACCUCAGCCCCGUGCAACCUCUUGACAAAGGCGUGGGAGAUGAGAAUGUCCGUUGGGGAACUGGGAUGCUCUGGUGCGCUCCCGAGAGGUCUGCUUUCCAGUAACCACACGGCCGUGCAUUGGCAUGACUUUGUAUCGCAUCUCUGUGGCUAUUUUUGUUCGCUGUUGUACCUUUCAUCCGUUUUUGCGAAGUGCUUUCCAAAGAAGGUCAUUUGAUCUUCCUCCCUGUGAAGUCGGGAGGUGGGGUGGUUUUGGAGGGAAAGGACCUCAGUGCCUUGAUGUGUCCAAUGGGGAUGAUGGUAACGACAGGCACGCCUAUCUAUCUCAGCGUGCUCCUGGCUGGGGAGGACAUCACCGGGCCUCCUCCCCAGCCCGGCAGCGACCAGUUCAGUCCAGCCUCCCUCCCUGUCCCUGAAAAUGAGCUGCCGGGGGCUACUGCAUGGGGAAAAAGUGACUUUCCCUUACUGCAGCCAUGAGACAGGUGAGGAGAGGCAUUUCCCAGAGCCCAAGGCAGAAAGAGGAGGCAGGAGGGACCUCAGAUCAGACAGCCACGGGCUCUUCAUCCACCUUUCUUUAAAACUGGGAUUUGUGUCACCCCUUUCUGUCACUUCUCCCACAGCUCCCCUCUUGUUCUAGUCCACACCUAUCUUAUUUUGUAGUUGUAAGCUGUUUAUAAGCACGAUCGUAUACACUUUUUUAAAAUUUCAUUCACUUGACAGCCCUGUGAAGUGCUAUCAGCCCAUUUUAUAGGUGGAGAAACAGACUCAAGAGAGCUAAGUACUUGGCCCAGCAAUAAGGAGCCAGAAUCGAACUCAGGUUUUUUGACUUGGCAGUACUUUUAAUGUCGACUCCGUCAUCCAGCCCUGCAUGGUGGGAGUAUCAGAGACGAAGGAGGACCGUGUCGUCAGAGGGGUUGAGCUCUUUGGGUUCUGUAAAAGACAGAAUGGGCUGAACUGAAACUGACCUACAUGUCCGCCAAAGGAGUCGUCCGGCAUGCUCUGCCCACCGCACGCCGAGGUGCCCUGACCAUGAGCCUCAACUCCUCCCUCGGCCACGGGAAGGAGCUGAGUAACCUCACAGAGGAGGAGGGUGGCGAAGAGGGGGUCGUCGUCACCAGCUUCGUCGCCAUCAUCAUCAUCACCGUGUUCGUCUGCCUGGGCAACCUGGUCAUCGUGGUCACCUUGUACAAGAAGUCCUACCUCCUCACCCUCAGCAACAAGUUCGUCUUCAGCCUGACCCUGUCCAACUUCCUGCUGUCCGUGCUGGUGCUGCCUUUCGUGGCCACCAGCUCCAUCCGGAGGGAAUGGAUCUUCGGCGUGGUCUGGUGCAACUUCUCCGCCCUUCUGUACCUGCUGAUCAGCUCGGCCAGCAUGCUCACGCUGGGGGUCAUAGCUGUCGACCGCUACUAUGCUGUCCUGUACCCCAUGGUGUACCCCAUGAAGAUCACGGGGAACCGCGCUGUGAUGGCGCUUGUCUACAUAUGGCUUCACUCCCUCAUCGGCUGCCUGCCGCCUCUCUUUGGUUGGUCGUCGGUGGAGUUUGACGAGUUCAAGUGGAUGUGUGUGGCUGCGUGGCACCGGGAGCCCGGCUAUACCGCCUUCUGGCAGAUCUGGUGUGCCCUCUUCCCCUUUCUGGUCAUGCUGGUGUGCUAUGGCUUUAUCUUCCGCGUGGCCAGGGUCAAGGCGCGCAAGGUGCACUGUGGCACCGUGGUCAUCGUGGAGGAGGACCCCCAGAGGGAUGGGAGGAAGAACUCCAGCACCUCCACCUCCUCGUCCGGCAGUAGGAGGAACGCCUUUCAGGGCGUGGUCUAUUCGGCCAACCAGUGCAAAGCCCUCAUCACCAUCCUGGUGGUCGUCGGUGCCUUCAUGGUCACCUGGGGCCCCUACAUGGUUGUCAUCACCUCUGAGGCCCUCUGGGGGAAGAACUACGUCUCCCCGACCCUGGAGACCUGGGCCACGUGGCUGUCCUUUACCAGCGCCGUCUGCCACCCCCUGAUCUAUGGGCUCUGGAACAAGACGGUUCGCAAGGAGCUGCUGGGCAUGUGCUUUGGGGAUCGGUAUUACCGGGAGCCGUUCGUGCAGCGGCAGAGGACUUCCAGGCUCUUCAGCAUUUCCAACAGGAUCACAGACCUGGGCCUGUCCCCACACCUCACGGCGCUCAUGGCAGGCGGACAGCCCCUGGGGAACAGCAGCAGCACCGGGGACACCGGCUUCAGCUGCUCCCAGGACUCAGGGACAGAUGUGAUGCUGCUCGAGGACUACAUGUCGGAUGACAACCCUCCCUCCCACUGUACUUGCCCCCCCAAGAGGAGGAGCUCGGUGACAUUUGAGGAUGAAGUGGAACAAAUGAAAGAUGCUGCCAGGAACCCUGUUUUGCACGUGAAAGCCGAAGUGCACGAGUCCCUGGACAGUUACGCAGCCAGCUUGGCCAGAGUCAUCGAGGCCGAAGCCAAAAUCAACCUGUUCGGGGAGGAGGCUUUGCCAGGGGUCCUGGCGGCCGCGCGGACCGUCCCGGGCGCCGGCUUCGGGGGCCGCCGAGGCAGCAGGACUCCGGCGAGUCAGAGGCUUCAGCUGCAGAGCAUCGAAGAAGGGAACGUUUUAGCUGCGGAACAGAGAUGAGAGCCCGGGGUGGACCGUCUGUCCCGCGGGGUCGCCCGGGGACAGAACACCUGAGGUGCGGCCAGCAGGAAACACCGAACGGCGUGUCUCGUGAGGCCGCGCGUGGGCUCCUUGGAGGUCUUGGCAAUGGGACCAGCGGCGUCCGAGGCACGAAGGAAAGCGGACGGAGGUGUGGCCGGGACUUUCCGGGAGGUGGGGCGUAGAAGGGACUAGAGACCAGGGCUGGGAAGGAAACCACCAGGUGGCUGACUCCCUCUUCCUGACCCGGGCGCCCGGCCAAGCGCUGUCGCAGGGAUCUCAGGCGGUGAGCCCUUCCCAGCGCGCUUUGGGGGACAGCGUGUCCUAACCACGCGAGAUCAGCCCCUGGCGUCUGCCUGGUUGAUGCGGUCCCCGUGGGACUGGGGUUCUGCACUGAAUGGUCCCCAGAGGAGACCCUGGAGCAGGGCCGGUCAGAUUGGAGUUCCCACACCUCCAUCCCGGUCGUGACCUUGGAGUCCGCACGGAGCCACCUGCUGGUGCCAGUAGGGACGAUCCACAGGCCACUGGAAGCAGCAGGCCUGAGGCUGCUGUUGCUGAGAAUGGGGGCCGUUCUGCCCGCCUCUCUAUUGACUGAUUCUUUCAAAAGAAGGGAAAAACCACUGUCAAAGCCACAAGGAAGGAGCAGGCGUCGUGCUAAGGAUACAAUGGUGACCAAAACAGACCCGCGGUCUCUGCCCUCGAGGGAAUACGGGAUGGUGAACUGGCGCAUGACACGGCCCGCUGUCCCCGACCGUCACGGUUGGCGCGUCUUGCUCCUCUGCUUGGGACCCUCGCCCCGUCCUGCAGCCGUAAAGCUUCUGCGCACCUACUCAGUGCAACCGUUGUCCCGUGUGAAACGUUUCUGGGACUUUUCCAAACCCCCACUUGCAGAAUGAAGAACUCCUUCCUCUACAUUCCAGACUAUCCCGUGUGUCCCGUAUAAAGAUGACCUAACUGCGGAGACAGGUCGUGUGUGUCUUCUUACAGACUAGACUUGAAGGGCUCUGAGCUCCUGGGAGGGUAGGAACUUUUUCUUUUUUCUUCCGUCCUCAGAGCCUGGUACAGCAAUCCAUGCAUAUAGGUUUUACUAGGAUACGUUACGUUAGGUUAUGUGAAGAAGGCCACUUUAAAAGCCCGUCACCACUAGCAUGGAGCCCAUUCUGUCACAGGAACACUCCCCCCAGGGCAGCGUGGAAAACACGGAGAUCAGACACGGGGGAGAGGUUCACUCCCGGCUGUCAACAGCAAGACUGAAGCCUGAGCUUUUACUUAGGACCUCCAGAGGCGUCAACUCUCCCACUGGGUCACUGGGUCCUAGGUCAACACCACCAAGAGCAGUGUACAGAGGGACUGUGUGUUUUCUGUCCAAGUGAACGAGACUAAAUCCCCUCUAUGCUGACUCCUUUUUGAAAUCAAACUAAUGAGAUGAUGUAUAUGAUCUAUAAUCUGAACUACACAAGUUUUAGCUAUUAUUAUUAUAUAGUACGUGUUCCAUACACAUUUGCAAAAUAAAUGAACCAAAAUAAGGUUUGGAUUGACCUUCAUGUAUCAACCACUAAGGAAUCCAAGCACAGUGGAAGAAUUUCUGGUCAAUACUAAUGAAUGUUAGUAUAAAAGAGAUUAUAAUCUUUAUAUUGUGAUACACUUUCACGAGGGAGCGAAACACGAAGUCGCUAUCUGCCUCGGUAGAUUGCCGUGAGUGGCACUCCUGGACACGGCUGACUAUAUUCAACAAAGCUAUUCCUGUCCCACUGGAAGCACGAGGAAGGAGUGUCUGCCUGUUUCAAAGUGCGCCGGUUCUUACCCACAUUCCUUUUGCUUGUCACACUAUGUGUGAAGAUGGGGAAAUGGAGGGUCAACAAGAAUUGUCACAGUCUUUAACUCGGGGGGUUUACGGUAGACAACAGACUUCUGCAGAGUCCAGAGCAAGCCACAGAGUUAAGCGAGGGCCAAGAGUGUCUAGCAUAGGCCAGCGAACGACUGACCGUGGCUCCCGGAAUGAGAAGAGGGUAGAACGGUGGUUCUUUUUUCAAGUCCGUCACAGUCACUGCAGAGUCCUCUCUCAGAACAUAAGCCCAGUUUCUAAGAAUAAAGGAAACCUUCUGUUCGUGAAGUCCCACCUCUCCGAGGCAGGGAAACCGCACCGCGGCUCAAUGUUUACACCGACCUCUGGUUGGCAGUUACGGACCGGGGAGGCCUGACAAACCCUGUUCCUUGAAAUGAAAACUGAAAAUAAGAAUCGCUUCUAUAUCCACUGUUUUUUAAGGCAGACAAUACUGUGAUAGGAAAAGGCAGGAUAAAACGGGCAGAGAGGGACAGGUUAGGUAGGACCCGGAGGCUCUGGGCGGGGAGGACUGCGUAUUUUGGAACAGUGCUGGGAGUGUCUGACUACAGCCAACCCCCGCAGGCACAAACAAGGUCCCUCUUAGGAAUGUAACAAACGCCAUCAGCUCCCCUUCAGGGCCCCCUCAGGAAUCUGAUAAGCAAAAUACCUAACUCUAAAAGCAAACCAUAAAACGUGUGUUACAGGAGGGACAGUAUGACUCCUCGUACAAGGGAACCGAGUCAACCCCGAAAGGAUGACCCAGCACCUAGAGCUGUCCAGCCAAUAAGGGUAGGACCUGAGAAGGAACAAGGGGGCGGGGAAGGGAGAGGCGACCAGAAUCUUCCAGACAAAGGCCCUUGCCUACAGUCCCGGGCAUUCGCUUUCAAAUGUGCCCUGUCAAGAGAGCUUUCAUGUUCUUCUUCCCUCCUGCCCUUACACUCUGUAAACUUUGGCCUGCUGCUCCUUUUGUGUCGCCUCGAAGUUCUUCGAAGCGGCGAGACAAGGAACCCUGGGUACUGAGGUGAGAAAUCCUGCAACGGUACCAAACUGUUUUUGUAAAUAAGGUUUACGUUUGUGGAAAGCCUUUUUUAUUCUUGUUAGGAAUAUUUCCUCAGGAAAUUAUUUUUGGUCGGGGAAAUAUGAAGAGAGAGAGAGGAAAACAAUUCCCCGAAGGAAACCUGUGUUCCACAAAAAAACUGUGCAGUUCUCCAGACCAUCCUUCACAAAAUUAUUUAUUUUUCUAAGAAAAAGAAUAAAUAUGUGACUUAUUGUUAGAGAUGUGACACCAGAAAUUCAUCCAUUUAUUCAACAGACAUUUGAUGAACAACGAAUAUGUGCCAGGCGCUGUUCUAGGAGUUAAAUAUCCAGCUAUGAAUAAGACAAACUAGGUCUCUGCUCUCAAUGAGACCACUUCCUAAAGGGGAAAAAUUGAAAACAAGACAACCAACAUUUUCCCCCUUUAAUUUGUAAGAAGGCGGCAGAUACAGUAACGAAAAGCUGGGCUAAGUACUUGAGGAAAAUAGGCAAUGAACAGAGUGGGUGACUGAGAGGCAGGGCACGAGCGAGAAGGCACAUGAAGCAACGUCACGUUGGGUGAAGUGUCUACUGAGACUUUUCUAAGGAGGUGACGCUGGAGCUGAGGGCUCAACUGUAUGUUCAGUUCAGGGCCAAAGUCCUUCAGGCAAAGGAGACGGUCAGUGAAAAGGUCCUAAAUGUGCUAAUAAGCUUGAUCAGUCUGAGGAAAGAAGAGGCCGGCCGGCAUGCUGAAACGCAGUGCGCUACGGGACAACUGGAAUGACUGGAAGUCAGAGGCUGGCAAGGUUUAGAUCAUGUAGGACCUGGCAGACCACGUCUUUUUUUUUUAAUAAAAAUUUUUUAAACUGUUUAUUUUUGAGAGAGUGAGUGAAUGCGAGAGAGAGCACAAGUGGGGGAAGGGCAGAGAGAGAGAGGGAGACACAGAAUCCAAAGCAGGCUCCAGGCUCUGAGCUGUCCUCACAGAGCCCGAGGCGGGGCUUGAACUCACGAACCACGAGAUCAUGACCUGAGCUGAAAUUGGACACUCAACCGACUGAGCCACCCAGGUGCCCCAGACCAGUCUUAUUUUACGAGCAAUGAGGAUCCCCCAAGAAUUUUAAGUGGGGUGACAGAGCCUAAUUUAUGUAAAAAAGGGGCCAAUAAACUGACGGGCAAAUCCAGCCCUAGCCUAUUUUUGCAAAGAAACUUUUAUUAAAACAGAGCCACGCCCAUUCACCUACAGAUUAUGUGUGGCCACUUUUACACGACCACAUCAGACAUGAGUAGCUACAACAGACACCAAGUGACCCACAAAGUCUAAAAUAGUUACUAUUUUGCCAUUUCAAGAAAAAGUUUGCUGACCCACGUUUUAAGAAAGAUCCCUCUGGCCACCCUAUGGAAAUCAGACUGUGUGAAGGCAGGGGUGGGAGCAGGGAGACCAAGAGUAGGUGCAUAUGGUUAUAUCCCGAAGUAAAGUUCCAACUGCUGACGCAGUGAACCUGUGCAUACGACUUGGUAAGUGCCGUGAGCUCAGUCAAGGUCGGGCUCUAGCACCAACCGCGGAGGGCACCAUGGCUACCUAGAGCUCCGUGGGCCAAGGCCCAGAGGUAUGAAGGGAAGUGUGUCAAGUGAUACUUCAGGGUUUCCUAAGUCAUGUUAACACAUCUGGACUCUGUCCUGAGAACAUGAGAGGCACGUUUUAAGGAGAGGAGUAAAUUACCAGCUACUGAGACAUUCUAGAAGAGGUUAGAAUGGUCCAAACACACAAUUACCAUCUGUCCAAAGUCUAUCAAAACUUCCAGGGGUCUCAGAACUGCCUUUACGUCACAAGAAGUGGCCGGCCUGCACUAGAAGUCUUUGUAGAGGCCGCUUUUAGGCAAACAGGCUCGAGCAAUGGACUGUUUAAAGGGCUCACAGCGACCACCUGGCUGGAUACAGACAGGCCCACCAGGCGACCCACCUCAAAAUAGCCAGAGGCCCUAAGUGACCCAUGGGCUUCUUACAACCAGGCACAGCUACCAAUAAAGGGAAAAUUCCACGGCAGCCACACCUCCUCAUCUCCUCCUUUAAAAACAGCCUCCACCCACUGCCUCCUUGCAGACAGCUUCUCCUCUGCCUGCCUGCCUGCCUGCCCCCGCUCCCCAGCCGCAUAUUCAGUAAACCUCUAUCUCCUUUGUUCUGCCUCAGGUGAAUCCUCCCCCCCCCCCCCCCGCGGCCUCUAACCGAUCGUUGCCCCACAUUUGGGGGCCCCCAUCCAAAGCAUACACCACAUUCAGACACCACAGUCUUUACUGCCGUACUCAUGGGAAUGAUUUUGCGUGCUGUUUUGAAAAUGCAGAAGCUCAAACCCUAUUCAGAUCAAAUGAGUAAGAAUCUUCAAGGGGUAGGACCCAAGUAUUUGUAGUUGACAAAGCCCAACCGGGGAUCUGAAGUGCAGCCUUCGCUGAAGAUCACAGCUCCACCAGGAAGAGGCCGCCCAGUACCUGUUCCCUGGGCCUCCCGGGAAGCUUUGUGGAGUAAUGGAGGGGCUGGCCUAUUCUGGAGCCAGCCUGGGCUCACUUGAUCGCCGUCCAUUACUAACUCUCCUUGAGUACCUGUACACGCUCAUGGUGCUCCAAGAACUGGAGACAAGGAGCAAAGGAGAGGAAAGGGGGGAAUAACCGACUCAUCAAGUAACCUGAGGUCUUAAGGAUAAAAACAACUCUCGGGAACAUCUUUCUUUCCAGUCUUUUACGUAAGAGAAGCAAGAGGGGGAGCUGACUAAACCAAUUAGAAGGUGUUUUCGGUUGCGGGCAAAAAGAACCAGAAACAAAGGAAUCUUCACAGUGUGAGACAUCUUCUCUAACACUCAAAUCAAAGGAGGCUAGUAGCAGCUGUUGGCGAACAAACCACGUGAGCACCCGUACAAAACAGAUUCUGCACAGACCAGAGAAGAAUGUUUUCCAUAGAAAAACUAAGGAAGAGCCCUUUGCCAGAUAAACUCUUCAGAACAAGCAAGUUUUAAGAGUCCUAAGUGGCAAAUGUUCUAGAAAAGCUGCCUUCUCAAGUCUGAAAUCUAGAUGAAUUUUAAGGGUUACUCACGGUUAUUGAAGAAAAUGGAUCAAAAAUCUUAGUCAUUAAUGUGAUAAUACAGGAGCCUAAAAGCUACUGCAAAAAUAUUUGGUUGGACUACUAACAUUUUCUGUUUACGUUCCAUGUUUAUUUUUUGUUUUGACCAUUUGAAAAUCUCAUUCUUUCCUGGUAGUAGUUAAUAUUUACAAUUUCAUGAUUUUCUCCCCAUCUCAUAGGAGUUUCUUUCAAUUCUUUAGAUGUGCUCCACACUCUUUCUCCUCCAGGACUUCGAAAAAUGCUACAUACCCUUUACUUUGCCUGGAAUAUUUGUCCCUGCUCUCUCUGAGGAAGUGAUAUUUAAUCCAUCGCUUACAAAGACCUGAAGGAUAAGCAAAGUGAUCCUAAUGAAGAGUGAGGAUGGGAGCGGGACAGCAUGAUGAUAAAGAUCCUGAGGUGGAAAAGAGUUUGACAUGCCCCCAAAUUCAAAAAGGGCCAGAGUGGAUGGAAUGGACACACAAGGAGAAAAUACUGUGAAUGAGCCUGUAAAGAAGCUUGAGAUCAGAUCACCUGGGGGGCUGCGUGUCAUAUUUCUGAUCUGAACGUAUUCCUACAAGUGAACUUUCUAGGUCAAAGGGGAGUAAAGGCGUGGAACUCAGUUUCACACCUAGGCUUCACCAUUCAUCAGCUGCAUGAGCUGGGGCGAGCUAUUACGAAUAAAUAACCGACUUUCUAGAGGGUUGGAGCUCAUCGGGAAACAUCUGUGAAAUGACUAGUAUGGGGCCUGACACAUUACAGCUACUCUAGAAACGAUGGCCGCUGUUAUUAUUAAAUAAUAGGUAAUACCCAACAUAUGAAGACAUUUAAUUUGUGAAAUCAGUGAAGAACAACAAACGCUGUCUUGUUUGAUAAAUGUACUUUGUUUACAAUGGAUACUGGAUCUUUUCUACUGUUAUGAACACUGAUUAUAUUCACUUCCUUCUUGAAUAUUAAUUGUAAUAUAUACGAUUUUGUGUUUCUUUGGCAUUGAACCUCACGAUUUAUCAUCGAAAACAAAAAGUAUUUAAAAACCCA